CAAGUCCCUCACUGCCGGCAAAAAGACUAGGAUUUCCGGGAGACGCGGACUUCUCUCCUCCCUGCCGUCCCUCCGCGUCUUGUCCAGUCGGAGUUGUAGUACUAGUACAAGUCGAGCGAGAGCUGGACUCGGUUUGAUCUUCCUCCCACGCGGCAUCCCCUUUUUAACUUUCAUCUUCUACCCGCGCCGCCUUCCUGAGAUACACCAGGACGCAGAGCACGCGCGAGCGAGAGACAGAGAGGCCGGCCGCCGUCUCGAUCCCAGCCAUCGUCGCAUCAUAUGGGGCUGCUGGCGUUGAAUCAUCUCAUGUCCUUUCAGCGGCGUCGGCGUCGGCGUCGGCGUCGUGGCGAGAUCCGACCCCUCAAUGGAUUGGUUUCUUCGUUGGCUAAUGGAAAGAGAUCUAACCACAAGGAUGAUGACAGUCCUCAAGGCGGCAAAAUAAUGAGAUUUUCAGGACCAGACCUCCCAGAGGACAUAUGGGGUCAUAUACAUUCCCUAAUGCCACUUCAAGAUGCUGCCCGUACAGCCAGUGUGUCUCAUGCCUUUCUACGUUCUUGGAGAUGCCGUCCCAACAUUACCUUCAGCAGCACAACACUGGGCUUGAAUGAGGAUGUCCAUGGAGAGAAUAAAAUAGCAAGUGAUUUCAAUAGCAGAGUUGACCAUAUUCUGAAAAAACACUCAGGCUUUGGCUUGAGGUCUCUGAAGAUUGAAUUCUGUGGUUACAAUUCCAACACCCAUUGCUAUCUCAAUAGUUGGCUUGAAUUUGCUGUUACACCAGAGCUUGAAGAACUCACCCUGCUGCUACCACUUAAAAAGGCGAAGUACUGUUUCCCGUCCUCACUUUUGUCUCGCGGGAGUGGAAACUCGAUUCGGCAUCUAACUCUUUCUUGGUGCGCCUUCAGAACCACGGUUGGACUUGAUUCCCUGAAAAACCUGACGAGUGUGACUCUGCAUGAUGUGCGCAUCACAGAGGAAGAGUUAGGGUGCCUCCUUUCAAAUUCUAGUGCUUUGGAGCAGUUGAAUUUAGUUUAUUGCAACAAAAUAACUUGCCUGAAGAUACCUUGCCUCAUGAAGAGGUUGAGCUGUUUCAGUGUGCUUCAAUGCGACAAGCUGCGAGUGAUAGAGAGCAAAGCUCCAAAUGUCUCUAGUUUUUACAUUGCAGGUGGCCAAUUAGAAGUCUCACUUGCAGAGUCAUUGCAAGUGAAGGACAUAACACUGAGCAUGGACUGUGCCAUCUCUUAUGCUCCUGUCAAGCUUCCGUCCGUUGUGCCAAACCUGGAAAUUCUUUCCAUUAUUUCAUCUCGUGAGGCGGUUAGCACACCACUGUCGCCAAGCAAGUUCCUUCAUCUCAAGGUUUUGGGUAUUAGUCUACAUGGAGCUGCAUUUUCCCCUGCUUACGACUGUUUCUCCGUGGUUUAUUUUCUUGAUGCCGCACCUUCACUGGAGACUUUUGUCUUGGGUGUGUCACAACUGCGGAUGCAGCAUGACUCGAUUAUUGGAGAUCCCUCACCUCUGAGGCAGAUAUCAGGACACCGCCACGACCACCUCAAGAAUGUGAAGAUCACUGGCUUCUGCUCUGCGAAGAGCUUGGUUGAGCUAGUAUGCUACGUUCUUGAGAAUGUCACAUCGCUUGAUUGCCUUACAUUGGACACCACUAUGGGCCUUCCUAGGUGCUCUGCCAACAAACUUGGCAAAUGCCUCACAAUGGAGAAGGAUAUGGUCAGGGAAUCCCAGCAAGCGCUCUUGGCUGUCGAAGCAUUCAUCGAGGGUAAAGUUCCUCCUGCAGUUAAAUUGAUUGUUCUAGGGCCUUGCAGCUUGUGCCAAGACGUGGAGCUCUAAUUAUUUUUGGCGCCUUGUAGCUUGUCAUAGCAGCAUGUGCUUUGUUUUAUUCGAUGUAUAUAUCAUAAAAAGAAAAAUUACUAU